UUGGACUUGAAACCGAUCUGCUAUCUUCAUCUCUACCAUUGUUCUGCCAAGGAUAUUAUUAAAGAAUUAACUAGAUUGGGUAAACAAGGAACUACACUGAAUGUGGGCCAACUCAAGCUGCGUUUGUGUGCUGAAGAGGAUGAGAUUUCUGCCUUCAUUAAUUUGUUGCGAAUUUGCCCAAAGCUGUAUAAACUUGGUAUACAACUAUUUAACAACGUUGUGCCAACUACUACAAACGCGUUGGAGCAUUCAGAGUUUAUUGUGGCCGGAAUAUGCCAAAAUGUUCAUACAUUGAAUCUUUCUUGUGCAUUUAGAGGGUCAUUGCCGGAAAUGCUACUCUUCAAGUGGCUUCUUGCGUGCUUUCCCAUGCUUGAGAGGAUUUCCAUAUCUCAAAGAAUAACAUUUUGCUCCAACACGGAGUUAAAAAACAAACAGGAGCUUUUACACUUCCUUCGAGCUUCUUCAAAAGCUGAUAUCUUU